ACUGGGUCACAUGGGCCGCAAUGAGCACUUUUACUAGAAACACAACAGUCAGCACAGAGCCUCAGACUCAGCUGGUUAGUGCCGCCGGUCCCGUUUCUCAGGGAUAUUUAAUUCAGGGCUGUUUUUGGAUUUGAGUGCUGGUUUAUACAGCAGUCGUGCAGCGUUCACGAGCAAGUGUUUCGAAUGGUUUCGGAGCUACUCUGGAGCUUCAACAGAUGGAACAAAGCUGAAAGAGAAGAGUUUUAGACUGGGAUAUUUUUUCCACAAGCAGGAAUUAAAAUGUACAGCGUUUAAAACAAGUUUUUUUUUUUUCAUUUUACACAAAGAAAGCGAUCUGAACGCAAACAGUUCUGUUUCCAGAAGAUAUGGAGUCUACAAAGGGUGGGGGCGUUAUAGCCUACAUCAGCUCCUCGAGUUCGGCCUCCAGCCCCGAGUCAUGCCACAGCGACAGCUCCAACAGCAGCUACCAGUUUUCAUCCUCUUCACCGAGUGCGUCCUUUUCCAACCGCCACAACGGACAGCAGAUGGAUGCGGCCAACUUCUCCCAGCCUCAGAGUCACAGCACGACCAAGACGCGCUCGCCGUCUACUGCCAAAUCUGGGAUCACCAAGAUCAGUGGCCUGGUGUUGCUGUGUAAAGUGUGUGGAGACGUGGCUUCAGGAUUUCAUUAUGGUGUUCACGCCUGCGAAGGCUGCAAGUGUUUACAAGAGGGGAAAAAGCAAAAAACUGGUUUCUUCCGGAGGAGCAUCCAGCAGAACAUCCAGUAUAAGAAGUGCCUUAAGAACGAGAACUGCCCCAUCAUGCGCAUCAACAGGAACCGAUGCCAGCAGUGUCGCUUUAAGAAGUGUCUCCUCGUCGGCAUGUCUAGAGAUGCUGUGCGUUUCGGGCGAAUCCCCAAACGAGAGAAACAGCGCAUGCUGCUGGAGAUGCAGAGCGCCAUGAGCAACAUGAUGAACAACAGCCAGCUGCAUGGCAGCAGUCCACCAGUUUCCAGCAGCCAGACUCAGCCUUGUCCGGUAAAGCUCGCCUCUGGGGCCACACCCCUUGCUCCUCCUUCCUUCUCUCCUGCUUCUUCCCCUCAAAGCAGCCAAUCAGAGUUGAGCAACGAUCCUGAGCCUUCUCUUGCAAUGGACACAAGCCCAAGCUCUGACUCAUCCAGUGCCAUAGACAGUGGAGAAGAAGAGGUCCUUGGCACAGGAACGAGGCCAGGCCACGGACCUGAACGCGUCAUGGAGGACACGCAAGAGGUCUGGAACUAUCAUAACAACAUAGCUACAGUAACGCACCAGCACACACGGUUACACUGCACUCCUCAGGCUCCUCGCGAAUCACCACAGGAAAAUAAUUCUCUCAGCCGGUGUCCUGUUAGAGCGAACAGCGAUGUCUCCAGUGGUCAGGGCCAUGUCCAGCUGCUCGCCAAUGCUGACCUGAGUCACUCGUGUUCUGCCUCUGGGUCUGUCAUUGGCCAGUCACUCCAGGCGCACAACUCCAACGGAACCCGAGCCAAUGGGAGCUAUGCUGGUCCAGCAUGGAACGGAGGCAAUAGGAUGCAUCUGGUGUGUCCCAUGAACACUUCUCCCUAUGUGGACCCACAUAAAUCUGGCCACGCUAUCUGGGAAGAGUUCUCCAUGAGCUUCACUCCUGCUGUAAGGGAGGUGGUAGAGUUUGCCAAACGCAUCCCCGGAUUCAGGGAACUGUCGCAGCACGACCAGAUUAGUCUCCUCAAAGCUGGUACUUUUGAGGUGCUGGUGGUCCGUUUUGCAUCAUUGUUUGAUGUGAAGGAACGCACCGUGACCUUUCUGAGUGGGAAGAAGUACAGUGUGGAGACGCUGUGCUCUAUGGGUGCUGGUGACCUGCUCAACUCGAUGCUGGAUUUCAGCGAGAAGCUGCGUGCCCUGGACCUCAGUGAGGAGGAGAUGAGCCUCUUUACUGCUGUUGUACUUGUCUCUGCAGACCGUUCAGGCUUGGAGAACGCAAAGUCGGUAGAAGCGCUCCAGGAGUCGCUGAUCCGCGCCUUGCGCAGCCUCAUCAUGCAGAGCCACCCGAACGAGAGCGCCGUCUUCACCAAACUGCUUCUCAAACUGCCUGAGCUACGCUCACUCAACAAUAUGCACUCGGAGCAGCUCUUGGCUUUCAAGGUCCAACCAUGAACAGCAGUUCUUCUCGUCCUGUAACUGUGCGACUGCUUUCACCACCAGAACCUCCAGAUUCGGUACUUUUUAUCGAAUCGAAUCUUUCCACUUUACAAAUUGGAGGCCUGAUCUAGAAGGGAGCAACAAGUUGAGUUCGGUGUACUGUAAAGGUGUACGGUGUGACUUUUGUGGUAAAGGAGACGGAAUACAGAGGGCCUGUAAUUCUUGCGAGACUGUGUGUGUAUGCAGUCCUCUUUCAGAGGCACCUUCUUGAAUUUCAUUUUAGACUUCAACUGUUUAACUGUCUGUGCAAUAUGUGAUUCGUGUUUACCGUUCAUGUUUUGGUUUGAGAGAUGCUGCUGUCUACAUACUGCGAUGUUGUUACCAUAGGAGAAUGUUUCUUUCAUUUAAGUAGUUGGUGCCUAACAUAAACCGAUAUAUAUUUUUUGGAGUAUGGUAAUGGAAAGAUAUUUCCAUACAUCCUCUGUUACGCUGAACACAAGUAAAGGAUAGCUAGUACCAGAGAUGAGAUGAAUGUGGAAGAAGCUGCUCAAUUAAAGCUUAUAUAAAAUAUAUAUGUAUUUUUUCCUAGCCGAGUAAAACGAUGCUCAUUUUUAGUUUAUCAUAAUGGCGCAGCUGUGUAUAUGUUUUGUGAACUAUAGGACUAUAUUUGGUAGAAUUGAAUAAAAACACUCUGGCAGUGUUUCUAUAUUUACAGAGAUUUACAGUAGAAACAGACUUGAGAAGUUGGUAGCCUGCAUGCACUGUCCAAUGAUCAGCAAUGGGACCCAAUCAAAAUAUUCUGAAAACCCUUACGAGUCAAACACUCAACUGAUGGCUGACACUGUUGGAUCGUAUACAGUAUGCAACGGCAGGAUUUAAUGUGUUUAAAAAUUAUAAAACAUUUUUGUCUUUUCACUGAAGUGGUGGGUUUGAAAACUAGAAUGAGAUGUUAGUCCUGACUUUUUUUUUUUUUGGGAGUAGUGAUUUCUAUUCUGGACAGAUGGGUGACAAAUUAAGGGAACAAAACAAAACAGUAGCACUGUUGCGCUAUUGGACCAUUUUGCUGGCAUGGUUUCACAUGUCCGCUGAGGGGAAGGGUCAUUUCCAAUCAAUACAAAGUCUUCUGACUGAUCACCUUAAUUCAGAGUGGUUCUUUGGAGGAUGACCCUGCCCCAUCUACACACCAGGCUUGUCGUACUCAGGUCCAGGACUCGGACUCCAGUCCGACUCGUGCCGAUUUUAAGGACUCGACUUGGACUUGAGCACUGAUGGCUUGGACUCACACUCGUGCGUUAACUGCAUUCGGAUUCAUAAAUUGGAAACAAGGACUCGGAUUUUUUAUUUUUUAUAACGUGCCAUAAUAAUUUGGCAUAAGAUAUAUUUAUAUCUACAUUAAUUUUUGUAGUAAUUUCGUGCAAGAGUGUCACACCUGCGCACCUUGGCACGUGCCGUAAACAACUCGCACCUGCACAGGAUUAAGGCACGAUCAGCACGGCUAUAUAAAAACUGUGAAAACACACUUACUUUGCGAGGUAUUGAGUUGCGUUGCUGAUACAUUACCGAGCCUUAUUUCAUUGUUUGGUUUCCUGAUUUUCUGUUUCUUGUCUUUGAUUCUGCUGAGAUAAACAGGCCUUGUUUUGCUCGACCUAUCGCCUGUUUUUCCCAACCAUCUCUGACGGAAUACUUCACACUCCCUGAUAAAGAGAAGCACAUUCACCUGUUCAGGAACAAACUAAUGUUAACGGCAGUAAAACAGCCACCGUCUCACGGUGCAGACGGAGUCUUGGACUCAGACUUGACUUGGAUCAGUAGUGGACUUGACUCAAAUUUAUUUAUUUAUUUUUUUAAAUGGGAGCGGCACGGUGGUGUAGUGGUUAGCGCUGUUGCCUCACAGCAAGAAGGUCCGGGUUCGAGCCCCGUGGCCGGCGAGGGCCUUUCUGUGCGGAGUUUGCAUGUUCUCCCCGUGUCCGCGUGGGUUU